AUGGCAUCUAAUCCGCCGGGAGCGUGCUGUACCACCGGCUUCAAACACGAAGGUAAUCCUCGAGGGACGGCCAUCAAGAUCGCCGGGAAAUGGGACGCCUACGUCACUAAGCCGCAGGAUGGCAAGCCUAGCCGCAAGGACGUUGCGGUUCUGAUCAUCCCCGACGCGAUAGGUCUCGGUUGGGAUAACGUGAGACUCCUGGCCGACAUCGUCGCUGAAAGUGGCUACACCACUCUCGUUCCCGACAUCUUCAACGGAGAUCCCAUCAAGCCCAACGAAAUGAACACGGUGGAUAUACCUAAGUGGAUCACCGAGGGUUCGGACGGGCGCAAUCCGCACACGCCGGAUGCCAUCGAUCCUAUCGUCGAGGCAGCCAUCGACACGCUGAAGAAGGACUACGGAGCGCAGAGGAUCGGCGCCAUGGGUUACUGUCUCGGUGCCAAGUACGUCGUCAGGCAUUUCAAAUCCGGCGUCAACGUCGGGUUCCUCGCCCAUCCGACCAUGGUUACCGAUGACGAACUCGCGGCCAUCACUGGCCCGCUCUCCAUCGCCGCUGCUGAGACCGACCCGAUCUUCCCGGCUGAGAACAGGCACCGAUCAGAGGGCAUCUUGCAGAAGACCGGGCAGCCCUACCACAUCUCUCUCUUCUCGGGUGUGGCGCAUGGGUUCGGGCUGCGGGCUGACCUGUCUAAGAAGGACCAGCGGUUCGCACAGAAGCAAGCGAUCUCGCAGGCGCUCGCUUGGUUUAGUCAGUACCUCUGA